AUGUCGUCGAUCGCAAGGGCUCUCCGCCCUGCCAUGAGGGGAAGCCGUGGUGUUGCCGCGCUGGCGAGGGCGAGGAAUUGCACUCCGGGCCGGACAUUCUCGCCACUCCAGCAAACCAUCAGACCCCUCUCCACCACGCAGCGCCGCCGUAAUGCCGACCACCUCGACAUCACCGACAUCCCGCCGACCCCCAUUACCCACCUCUCCGAGGUCGAGGCCGCCAUGGCCGAGACCGUCAGCAAGUUCGCCAACGACGUGAUCGCGCCCAAGGUCCGCGAGAUGGACGAGGCCGAGAACAUGGACCCGACCAUCGUCGAGCAGCUCUUCGAGCAGGGCCUGAUGGGUGUCGAGAUCCCCGAGGAGUUUGGCGGCGCGGGCAUGAACUUCACCAGCGCCAUCAUCGGCAUCGAGGAGCUCGCGCGCGUCGACCCCAGCGUCAGCGUCAUGGUCGACGUCCACAACACCCUCGUCAACACCGCCAUCAUCAAGUGGGGCAGCAGCCAGCUGCAGAAGCGCUUCCUGCCCAAGCUCGCCACCAACACCGUCGGCAGCUUCUGCCUCAGCGAGCCCGUCAGCGGCUCCGACGCGUUCGCGCUCGCGACCAAGGCCACCGAGACGGAGAGCGGGUACAAGAUCAACGGCUCCAAGAUGUGGAUCACCAACUCCAUGGAGGCCGACUUCUUCAUCGUCUUUGCGAACCUGGACCCUGCCAAGGGGUACAAGGGUAUCACCGCUUUCAUUGUCGAGAAGGACACCAAGGGCUUCUCGAUUGCGAAGAAGGAGAAGAAGCUCGGUAUCAGGGCCAGCAGCACCUGCGUCAUCAACUUCGAUGAUGUCGAGAUCCCCAAGGAGAACCUCCUCGGUGAGAAGGGCCACGGAUACAAGUACGCCAUCGGGCUCCUGAACGAGGGUCGUAUCGGUAUCGCCGCUCAGAUGACUGGUCUGGCUCUCGGCUCUUGGGAGAACGCCGUCAAGUACGUCUGGAACGACCGCAAGCAGUUCGGCCAGCUCGUCGGCGAGUUCCAGGGCAUGCAGCACCAGAUCGCGCAGUCGUACACCGAGAUCGCUGCGGCGCGCGCCCUGGUGUACAACGCCGCCCGCAAGAAGGAGGCCGGUGAGAACUUCGUCAUGGACGCCGCUAUGGCCAAGCUGUACGCGUCCCAGGUCGCGCAGCGCGUGUCCGGUCUGGCGAUUGAGUGGAUGGGCGGCAUGGGCUUCGUCCGUGACGGGCCCGCCGAGAAGUUCUGGCGUGACAGCAAGAUCGGCGCCAUCUACGAGGGCACGAGCAACAUCCAGCUCAACACUAUUGCCAAGCUGCUGCAGAAGGAUUACACUUCUUAA